AACUGUUUCAUUCUUGGUCGGUCCCUAAACACAGAAAUUCCAAAAUGGCUGCUGCGGAGCAGACUGAUAGCGUCGUCCGAGAAAAUGUGCAAGAAAUGAACCAUUCUUUAGCCGAAAAGGUCCAAGUGAACCUACAGAAGGAUCUCAAGCCGACCGAGGAAAAUGGGAAUGACCACAUCCCCGAGAUCAGCGAGACGUACAGUGUCAGACGCUCGGAUGGCACGUGGCAUGAUGCAGAAGUGAUCCAGACCAGACGGAAUGAGCAUGAGGGAGGACGGAUGGAGUUCUACGUUCAUUAUAAAGGCUUUAACAGACGUCUGGACGAGUGGGUGGACCUGUGCAGGAUUGACGUGCAGUCUCACAGCAGUAGGAAGAAACGGACCGCAGAGGAGUCGCUGUACGACUUUGCGGACCAACCCGACAGAAAGAUCACGCGCAACCAGAAGAGACGGCACGAUGAAAUCAACCAUGUACAGAAGACUUACGCAGAGAUGGACCCGACCACAGCAGCACUUGAAAAGGAGCAUGAAGCUAUCACAAAAGUGAAGUACGUGGACAAGGUACAGAUCGGAAAGUAUGAGAUAGAUGCCUGGUACUUCUCACCCUUCCCAGAGGAUUAUGGGAAGUGCCCGCGGCUGUACAUCUGUGAGUUCUGCCUGAAGUACAUGAAGUAUGAGAAGACAUACAGACACCACAUGGGAGAAUGCACGUUCAGACAGCCCCCCGGGAAAGAGAUCUACAGGAAGGGGACCAUCUCUGUGUAUGAAGUAGAUGGGCGAGGAGACAAGAUCUACUGUCAGAACCUGUGUCUGCUAGCCAAGCUGUUCCUGGACCACAAGACCCUGUACUUUGACGUGGAACCCUUCAUGUUCUACAUACUCACAGAGGUGGACAAACAGGGGGCUCACUUGGUGGGGUAUUUCUCCAAGGAGAAAGAAUCUCCAGAUGGCAACAACCUGGCCUGUAUCAUGACUGUGCCGCCGUUCCAGAGGAAAGGUUACGGGAAGUUCCUCAUCGCAUUCAGUUAUGAACUGUCCAAACUGGAACACAGAGUCGGUUCCCCAGAGAAGCCUCUGUCUGACCUGGGGAAGCUCAGCUACCGCAGCUACUGGUCCUGGGUACUGUUAGAGAUCCUCAGGGACUUCAAGGGAACACUGUCCAUUAAAGACUUGAGUCAGAUGACCAGCAUCACAGAGAAUGACAUCAUCUCCACACUACAGUCCAUGAACAUGGUGAAGUACUGGAAGGGUCAGCACGUCAUCUGUGUGACGGCCAAACUGGUGGAGGAGCAUCUGAAGAGCGCCCAGUACCGCCGCCCGCCCAUCAUGGUUGACACGUCCUGUCUGCGUUGGGCAGCACCAAAAAAGAAAGAUCUCAAAAUAUCAAAGAAGUGAAAAAAUGUUUUUUUUGUAGUAUGUUUGGCAGUAUGACCUGUGUGCUUGCAGUAAAUGUAGCAUAGAAGGGUUAAAAUGUAGUAGAGUUAGGAUAAAAUUGGCGGUUUGUGAUCAUCUUGUGAUAAGGUACUACAGAUAACAGGUGGUUCAAGUCUCUUGUGUCUUGACCUGUAAAUGUACACGUACAUGUACAUGAUAAAGUGUGUCAGGAUUGCAGAUCUAUUGAACCUAGGACUAAGUGGAUAAUGAUGUAGAUCAGUUUCUGUACUGUUAGAAGUACAAGUCAACAAUGUACCUGUUCUGGUUUACUUUUCAUGUUUGCAGAUCCCAACAUUGCUUGCUUUGUAAU